UGCUGACACCUUGAGGGUCGUUAGGGUGACAAGUGAAUCGUUGACCCACCCUCCCAUCAGAUAAACAUCAGCGGGGAGGGGGGGAAAAAACACUUCUGUCCAGCAGUCUGUGCUGCUGCCAGCGCUGCUCUCUCUCCCUGCGCUUGGACAAGAGCUGAAACCAGUCAGGCCAGUCCAGACCAGAAAUGGCAAACGAUCGGACCAGGACUUCGCUUAAGGAAAACGACACAGUUCAUUCGUCAGAUUUGGGGUCGUUUCAAGAUCACGGGUCCACUAUCCCCAAGAGACAUGCACGGGUUACCGUGAAAUACAACAGGAAGGAGCUGCAGAGGCGGCUGGACGUGGAGAAGUGGAUCGACGAGAGCCUGGACCGGCUGUACACGGGUCAGGAGCGUGACAUGCCAGAGGAAGUUAACAUUGAUGACUUGAUUGACCUGCCCAACGCUGAGGAGAGAGUCAAAAAGUUAAAGGAGCUUCUUCGAAAGUGCAGUAACAACACAGAGACCUUCAUCAGAGAGCUGGUGGGAAAGCUGGAGGGAGUUCACAAGCAGGACGAGCUGCAGAGCGAAGGCAUCGAGCAUCCGGUCAUCUGUCACAGCCACCACCGCCAUGAGCCCUACCACUUCAACAACCCACACCACCAGGAACACCACCACUGCCACCACACUCAAGGCCAAAACCCCAAGGCCUUUGACAACCCCCAACCAACGCACACACACAGUUAAGAAGAUCUCUACCACUCUGUCCACCAUAUCUGCCUCUUAAAGGUAAACUCCACAGGCGCUCUGUAGAGUUUUGAAACACUAGCAGCACUAUGAAGCAAUGUUUUUACGGGAGGGUCCCCAUUUUGUCGUUGUGCACACAUGCCAUAGACGCACGUGCACGCGCAUGCAGGUAACGUGACAUAUUCAUAUCUUGUUGAGUCUCCACAGGUCACCAAGCAACCUCUGUGAUAACACGACUCCAGCUUGUAGUUUUUACACUUGACUUUUUUUUUUGAGGAUUAAACAAAGAAGAUAUCACAUGUUAAUUAGUGAGCUUAGAAGUGAUGGUAGGUGGAUUUUGUUACCUUUGGACAGAGCCAGGCUAGCUAGCUGUUUCCCACCGCUUGCAGUCUUUAUGCUAAGCUAACUGUAUGCUCCCCGUAGCUGUAAAAUUAACGGACAGAUAUUAGAGUGGUAUCAAUCUUCUCAUCUUACUCUUAGCAAGAAAGCAAACAAACAUGUUUACAGAACCUUCCAACGGUUUCUUUAAGCAUUUAUUAAAAAACAGUUAUUGCUAACAUAUGUGAAUAAUUGGCCAUGGAUAGGACAUCAAAUAGAAAUUAAUUUUCAACUUUAAAGCUAAACUAAGAGCGAGGUCUUCAUUCUUGACGUGCCAUUUAGCACAGUCAGUAAUAAUAAUAAUACAGGAAGACCUACAUCAUAGACAUAUCCAUUUUACCACUGACAUGUGCAGCACCGAAACAUGUGACUCUCACUUUUACUCGACUGGAAAAAUGUGUCACUAUCUUGCUCCUUGCUCAAGUGCCAAUAGUUGGAUGCAACAAUUUGCGGCACAAACUGAUGAAGUAUCUGAUGAAAGUAGAUGAAUGGAAGUAGGAUGAAGAAAGAAAGAAUACACAGCUCUUCAUUUUAAAAUAAAACCCUGGCACAUAUUCAGCAUCACACACUGGUCAUCCAAGGGUGGAUUUUAUAUCAGUCUGAAUUUAUUACUGAACUGAACUGUGACACAUUUAGUGUAUGUGCCGCCUUCCACUGAACACACAAGUAUGUUAGAUGCACUAUUUUCUAGAUAACACUGCUAGCUUAGAUGCACAUAUGACUUAUUUAACCUCUGUUAGCUCGUGAUAGUUAUUUAUUGUCAUGGUUACAGGAAAUGGACAUAGAUCCAACAUACCAGUAAAUAACACUGAUAAUAAUACUGUUGCAUUGCUCACACUGUAGCAUUUAAUGACAUUUCACUUUCAUUUAUCCUUUCUGUUUUUAAGUUGUGUUGUUACUACAUUUUCCGUUUUGUCAAUACAUUCACUAAAUAUUAAGUGAACUCUGCAAAGAGACACCCGUCCUUUGCAAGAAUUGCUAAUAAAACCAUUUCUU